AGCAAUUGGUAUUAUGCGUUUGUGAACGUCACUGUGAAAAGACCGGGUCUAAUGCACCAAUUAUCGUAAUUAAAUCAAGCGCCUACUUACAUACACAUUAAAUUAACCGGAUUCAAGUUAUACAUACAAGAAAAUACAUCUUUUCCAACAAAAAAGAGUAAAAUGUCGAAACCAGAUGAAAAUGCAGACACAGGGGACACAGGAGACAAUUCGAAUGGAUCUUCGGCCGAGACCACAUCGUCUCGAGGUGGUGACUUCGAAACAAAACUUGAAACCGAUCGUAGUAAACGAUUCGAUUAUUUACUAAAGCAAACUGAAAUAUUCUCGCAUUUUAUGACAAAUAAUCAGAAGGACAAGGCUGGGAGCCCUUUAAAGAUCAAAGCUGGGAGACCUAGAAAACAGCCAGAAACCCAAGUGAAAUUCGAUUCUGGUGACCAUAGGCACCGUAAGACGGAACAAGAAGAAGAUGAGGAAUUGUUGGCUGAAAGUAACGCCAGUGUCGCGCCAACCACUCGUUUUGAAUCAUCUCCACACUACAUUAAGUCUGGUGAGUUACGAGAUUAUCAAAUACGAGGCUUAAAUUGGAUGAUAUCUCUGUAUGAGCAUGGUAUCAAUGGUAUCUUGGCUGACGAGAUGGGUUUGGGUAAAACUCUACAGACUAUCUCAUUACUGGGAUAUAUGAAACACUUCAGAAACAUUCCUGGUCCACACAUAGUUAUUGUUCCCAAGUCUACGUUGGCUAAUUGGAUGAAUGAGUUUAAGAAAUGGUGUCCGUCGUUGAGAGCAGUUUGUCUCAUAGGAGAUGCAGAAACUCGAAACACUUUCAUUAGAGAGGUUAUGAUGCCUGGAGAAUGGGAUGUUUGUGUAACAUCCUAUGAGAUGGUUAUAAAGGAAAAAUCAGUGUUUAAGAAGUUCAAUUGGCGUUACAUGGUAAUUGAUGAGGCUCACAGAAUAAAGAACGAAAAGUCCAAGCUAUCUGAGAUUCUGAGGGAGUUUAAAACUGCUAAUCGCCUUCUAUUAACAGGAACACCUUUACAGAAUAAUCUUCAUGAACUGUGGUCUUUGCUCAACUUUUUAUUACCAGAUGUGUUUAAUAGUUCAGAUGAUUUUGAUUCUUGGUUCAACACUAAUAGUUUCUUAGGUGAUAAUUCAUUAGUCGAGAGAUUACACGCUGUCCUUAGACCAUUCCUUUUGAGACGUUUAAAAUCUGAGGUAGAAAAGGGACUGAAACCUAAAAAAGAAAUUAAGGUCUACAUUGGUCUCAGUAAAAUGCAGAGAGAAUGGUAUACCAAGGUACUUAUGAAGGACAUAGAUAUAGUUAACGGUGCUGGUAAAAUUGAGAAGAUGAGAUUGCAGAACAUCUUGAUGCAGCUGCGUAAAUGUUGUAAUCAUCCAUAUUUAUUUGAUGGUGCAGAGCCUGGACCACCUUAUACAACUGAUGAGCAUCUUGUUUAUAAUUGUGGUAAAAUGGUUAUCUUAGACAAACUAUUGCCAAAAUUGCAACAACAAGAAUCGCGCGUUCUUAUAUUUAGUCAAAUGACCAGAAUGUUAGAUAUUUUAGAAGACUAUUGUCAUUGGAGAGGUUUUCAAUAUUGUCGUUUAGACGGUAACACAGCGCAUGAGGAUAGACAACGCCAGAUCAACGAAUACAAUGCACCGGGAAGCGAGAAGUUCAUUUUCAUGCUGUCGACUCGUGCGGGUGGUUUAGGUAUUAAUUUAGCAACGGCAGACGUAGUAAUUAUUUAUGAUUCCGAUUGGAAUCCGCAAAUGGACUUGCAGGCGAUGGAUCGAGCUCAUCGUAUUGGUCAACAGAAGCAAGUCCGUGUAUUCAGGUUUAUCACAGAAAAUACCGUAGAAGAAAAAAUCGUAGAACGUGCGGAAGUUAAAUUGCGUUUAGAUAAGCUAGUUAUUCAACAGGGGCGAUUAGUGGACGCGAAGCAGACAGCAUUGAACAAGGACGAAAUGUUGAACAUGAUCAGGCACGGUGCAAACGAGGUAUUUGCAUCGAAAGACAGCGCCAUCACGGACGAAGACAUAGACACUAUACUUCAAAAAGGUGAAGCCAAAACCGAGGAAAUGAAACAAAAAUUAGAAAGUCUGGGUGAAUCUUCUCUGCGUAACUUCACUGUGGACGCACCCACGGAUUCCGUCUACCAAUUCGAAGGUGAGGAUUACCGCGAAAAACAAAAGAUUCUUGGAAUAGGUAACUGGAUAGAGCCACCGAAACGCGAACGUAAAGCCAAUUACGCGGUGGAUGCUUACUUCAGAGAAGCUCUCCGAGUAUCAGAGCCAAAAGCCCCGAAAGCACCUAGACCACCAAAGCAACCGAUAGUCCAAGACUUCCAAUUCUUCCCGCCACGAUUAUUUGAAUUACUCGACCAAGAGAUAUAUUACUUCCGGCAAACGGUAGGUUAUAAAGUUCCAAAAAAUCCAGAGCUUGGAUCGGAUGCUGCCAGGAUUCAAAAAGAAGAGCAACGUAAGAUAGACGAAGCUCAACCAUUAACUGAUGAAGAAGUUGCAGAGAAAGAGAAACUGCUUACUCAAGGCUUCACGAACUGGACGAAGAGAGAUUUUAAUCAAUUCAUAAAAGCUAAUGAAAAAUAUGGUCGUGAUGAUAUUGAGAACAUAGCCAAGGAAGUAGAAGGGAAAACUCCCGAAGAAGUGAUGGAGUACUCGGCUGUUUUUUGGGAAAGGUGUCAUGAGUUACAAGAUAUAGAUAGGGUAAUGGCUCAAAUUGAACGAGGAGAAGCAAAAAUACAGAGACGAGCCGGGAUUAAGAAAGCCUUAGACGCCAAAAUGGCAAGGUACCGUGCUCCUUUUCAUCAAUUGAGGAUAGCGUACGGAACUAACAAAGGUAAGAAUUACACCGAGGAGGAGGAUCGAUUCCUCGUGUGUAUGUUGCACAAGCUUGGCUUUGACAAGGAAAACGUAUAUGAGGAGCUUCGUGCCACGGUCAGAUCGGCGCCACAAUUUCGUUUUGACUGGUUCGUAAAGUCUCGUACAGCUUUAGAACUUCAGCGGCGGUGCAACACGCUAAUUACGCUCAUAGAGCGCGAGAAUCAAGAGCUGGAGGAGCGAGAGAGACAAGAAAGGAGAAAGAAAGGCGGCAGUAUCGGUGCAAAACCUGCGUCCAAGCGAAAACAAGAGAACCUACCAGCUCCGCAAGACAAACCGCGGAAGAAGAAGAAAUAAAAAACUUAAACGGAGAUACGUUUCCAGUUGUCAUUUGGAAAAACGAAUUUAACCACGAUAUAAUAAUCUUUUCAUCGUUCAUUCUCCAUACAUUAAAACGAUCUGUCAUUGUUUAAAUUUAAGGAGAACCUGUAAACUUUUUUGCAAUUUCGCCACUUUUUCAUUCCCUGUGAAUCUACAUUUCAGUAUGAUUACGUUUGACUCGCUUUUUCUUAAUAACCAUCGAUAAAUAUUUGGAGUUAACAGGAGCAAGCAACUAACAAAGUAAAACAGAAAAGCGUUUUGUGGCACAUCGAAUUUUUCAUUUUUUUUUCUUUUUUAUAGUGUACGAUAGUUUCUGGUGAGAGUAUCCAAAAUAUUAAUUUUAUAUAUCCAUAACUUUUAAAAUAACGCUUUCCGCAGCUUAAAACUAGUUAUUUUUAGAUUCUACUCAUCAAAACCUAUCAUACAUCAUGAAAAAAAAGUCAGAAAUUCAGUCUAUCCCAAAACGAAGUUCAGCCGGAGAAAGUGUUUAUUAAUAUCGUUAAUAAACAUAUUAUUGUAAUGAAUGGAUUUUCACAUGUGACAUUGAGAA